GUUACACCAAACAGAAGCGGUGCGCUGGGCGGCGCCGACCUGUGGAGGACAAUGCGGCGGCAGCUAACGGCGGGACCUCGGCGGAGCGCCGGAUUGAAAGACAUGUAGCUGGGGGUCAACGUUCUUCAACCGAAGAGGAUUCAGGGUGGGUUUCAACUGGUGGCCGGAAAAUGAUUGACUCAGUGAAGCUCCGGAGAGAGAGUGCUGCAGAUUUCUUUUCUCAUUACGAAUAUCUUUGUGCACUUCAAGACUCUGUACCUUUGCCUGUUGUGAGAGCCACCCUGAGGCUGGGGGUGCUCGAUUUCAAUGCAGACCGCCUCAAGCUCCUGGACUGGGCCCCUUUGCUAAGCGCCCUUAGGAUAAAUAAAAAUUUGCCCUCUGUUGCCAUCAGGAGCUCAUAUCAACCAGGUUUUGGAGAUUCAGCUUCUGAUAGAUAUAAAGCCUAUUCUAAAAGGCGAAUUCCUACGAUUAGAUCCAAAGAAGUGACCAUCCAAUUAUGUAAAGCUAUUAAAGGCUGUUUAAGUAUAUCUACUGCUCUGAAGAACCUAGAGCUUCAGGGAAUAUAUUUAAGAGAACGAGAUUUAAUAUUGUUAACAAGGGGGUUGAAUAAAUCAGCAUCUUUGGUACAUCUGUCUUUAGCCUAUUGUCCAAUUGGAGAUGGAGGUUUGGAAACUAUCUGUCAAAGUGUUAAGACCUCAGUAACCCUCAAGACUAUAAACUUGUCAGGGUGUAAUCUGACUUGGCGUGGAGCAGAACAUCUGGCCAAUAUCUUAAAGUACCAGGCGAUAAGGAGGCAUGAAGAUGUGUGGGCUGAGAGUCUUCGAUAUCGGAACCCCGAUCUGGAUGGCAUGGCGGGCUUGCAACGCAUUUCACUCAACUGCAACACCCUUAUUGGCGAUCAGGGUGCCAGUGCUUUUGCAGAAUGUCUUCAUGACAGUUUGUGGCUGAGAGCACUUGAUCUGCAGCACUGUGGGAUUAGCGAUGAGGGAGCUCAAACUCUGCUAACUGCCCUGGAAGGAAAUACAACCAUGGUGGUUCUGGAUAUAAGAAAAAACCCACUCGUUGAUCAUUCUUUGAUAAAAGCAGUUAUUGACAGAGCUGUCCAGAAUGGAAACAGUGCUAAAUCAGAGUACAAGUGGUUAAGUUCUCCAACUUUAAAGGACCUUUUCAAAACUAAACAGAAAAAAAGAACUAUAAUUCUGGGAAGUGGUCGAAAAGGAAAAGCUACUAUUCGUAUUGGAGUAACAACAGUGAAACCUCUAGGUACAGGAAGAAAACUGUUAUGUAGUAAAGAUUCUUAUACUCCAGAGUCGUUACCACCUGGUACAUAUGGCUUCCUGCCCUGGCGUACUGCGGAACGUGCCAACAGGAGCAGGGGAUUUCCACUGAUUAAAACUCGAGAUUUACCUUGGCCAGUUCAGCAAAUGGAUUUUCCUGUGAAAGUAACUGUGGAGACCCCAUCAUGCUCAGAAACGGAAGAGUCAGAAGACACCAUUUUAGAAUCUCUUCCUGAAAAUACUAGCCUAACACCAUACAAAAUAAAUGAAAUACAGGAGAAGUUGGAAGAGUGCAUAGAGCAAUUAAAAGCAGAAAGAAUUAUGAGAGUCAAGGCUGACAAACGAGUAACUGAGCUGGAACUUGAAAAUUCCCAGUUGCGAAAUAUAAAUUUCUCUCUAUCUGAGGCUCUUCAUGCACAGUCACUGGCAACCAUGAUUUUGGAAGAUGAUGGUGUUUUGGGCAGUAUUGAGACAUCUUUUCAAAAGUUCCACGCCUUUUUGGAUCUCCUUAAAGAUGCUGGACUUGGGCAGCUUGCCACAGUCGCUGGUAUAAAUCAGUCGGAUUUUGAUUUCCUAGAUCAUCCCCAGAUGAACUCUACAAUUAAUGCUAUACUUAUAGAAGAUAAAAAGGGACUUGAAGAAAGACCAGAACUUAAUCAGAAUACCCUAGGACAAAUGCAUAGCAUGCAAUUUCAGAAAGUUAGUGGCGAUAUUAGAACUUCUUUGCCUCUUGACACCUUCCAGUUUCCAGUUUCUACUCAGGAGGCCUUAUCUUCUUCCAAAGAAGUUCGUGAAAUCAAGGGCUCUGAUCAUCAACAGGUUCCUCCUAAAGAAUUUGUCCCUGCACCAUCAUUAUCAUUUUUAGCAAAUGUUGUUGUUGAAGCUCAAAAUGAAAGAAAAGAAGAGGAGUCUUCCAGAAAUAGUAGAAAUUCCUCAGAGACAAGUGCCAGAAUGAGUGAACAUACCUCAAAACACUCUUCAAAGAAACAGUCCGAAAGUUGUUCUCAUUCCUCCUCUGAGAGCCUAAGCCAGAAAAGCAAAAGACAUGGGGAGCAUACCCCUUUGGCUCAUGAAAAAUUCAAACAUCUGGCUUCAAAAAGAUACAGUCUUGCUAGGAAAGAGACAGGAGAUAUGACAGUAAUAUCCAAGACAGAUAAAAGUAAAAACAAAACAUCAGAACAUUCUAAGAUUGAAACAGUAGUAUCUGAUCUUGAAAUUUCAGAAAGUAUCCAUUCUCUAUCAAGCGCAUGACUCAGGUCUAGAUAUUUGAAAUUAUGUCUUGCCUUAAAAAUUUCAAUAAACUUGGAAGCAUGGACCUGGAAA